ACGACAGAAACUAGUUUGGAUGAACUGGUGAGUGACUUGGGACUGGAACACCACCUGAAGAACAAGCUGACUCUGAGCAAGGUGCUGGAGAUUGAUGGAGAGACUUCAAGUGAUGAAAGCAUCCAGUCUCUGAAAUCUCUGCCGUGGUGUUUCCUGAGGAGGUUGAUGAAGGUGAAUGUGACUGCUAGGUGUGUGAGGUGCGCCUCAAAAGAGGACAUGACUUCCCAAAACCUGGGCAGCUUAAUGGACACCCUGUGCAAUCCACAGGCCAGCAGCAACAGAGUCAACCCCCUGGACCUAAUAACUGCUGUGUUUCUCUGCUCGGAUGGCUUUCUCCAGCAGGAGAUGGUUUUAAAAAUGUCCAUGUGCCAGUUCUCUGUGCCUCUGCUCCUUCCUAAAUGUGAAACACAGCAGUGCACUUUAAUGCUCUGGGCCAUGAGGGGUAUUGUGAAAACGUUCAAGCCGCACUCUUUGACAGACCCAAGUGGGUUUGUAGAGGAGAACAUUGUUCUCUCUGAGCUCCCCCUGGUCUCUUUUGUGAGGCUGGGAAACAGCAGCUUGUCCAAGUCUCACAUUCUGAACCAUGUUCUCAGCAACCCUCAGCAGUACCACGACACCUUUGUUCACAAAAACAUGGAGUGCGGUGACACCCCAAGGAGGAUUUCCAAUGGGCUGGUGGAGAUCAGCUGGUAUCUGCCCAGUGGGAACAGAAGCAUUGACAUCUUCUCUGAACCACUGGCUAUAGCUAACCUCCGUGGGAACCUCAGGGACUUUGAAACUCAGUACGCUUUCCUCUGCCACAACUCUGCUGCCAUAUUUGUGUUUUGUGAUGAUUUUGGGUCUGAAUACAAAUUUCUGGACUCCCAGCACCUGAAAGAUCAUUGGUUCUGGAUCAUCAAUUCACAGAGCAAGAGCUUCAAUAAAGAUGAUUUCAGCAGAUGUGUUUCUGAGUUAGAGCUAAAUCCCAGUAACAUCAUCAUAAAGGGUCCGCAGAUGAAUGAUACAGAAUUCAUCAAAACCCUGCGUUUGGGUAUCAGUGGAAUUUUAAAGGGAAACGUGGUCAAAAUGAGCAUUGAACAGAUGUCUGAUGUUGCCAAUGAGCUUGGAAUCCAUGUUGAUGAAGAUUGUGACUGCUGUAAGAAUGGAAAGCAGAAGGCUGAUGAAAUCACAAAAAGGAUUUCUGAUAUAUCAAGCUUCAAGGAGAAAGAGCUGCCCUUGCAAGGGACUGCAUGGAAACAGCUGGCCAAACUGGAGAAGGAAGAGUGCAGGAUGAAAAAUGCUGGGGAGAAAAACAUUGAAGUUUACAGGAAUGAGCUUGCAGAACAGAAGCAGCAGCUCAGAGCACAGCAGAGGGCUCACAACAUCUCAGAGUCUAUGUCCCGUUUCAUCGAAGCAAUGUCUGGUUCUACAGAGGAGCGCAAGUAUUUCCUCAAGUGGAUGAGGAUCAACCUGGACAACCUGUCACGCAAAAGCCUUCCACUCCUUCGGGCGGAGUACAAGGAACAGUGUCAGAAUUCUGAGGAAAACAAGGAGCUCAUUGGAGAGUUGGACAGGAAGAUCUCCAGUUGCUCCUUGAGGAUGGAGCACUUCCUGCGGGAAAUGGGUCAGCUGUACGAGUCGGCCUGCUCACUCCCUGAAGGCCCCACCCCUCAGAUUCAGGACCUGCCACGUCUGGCUGCUGAGCUGCUGCAGGAAGGCUUUCCUCUGGAGCUGGUGGAUGGAGAUGCAUCCAACAUUCCUCUGCAGUGGGUGACUCAGGUUCUGAAGGAACUCCAUCAACUAACACAGUAUGACUGUAAGAUCCGGGUGGUGACUGUACUGGGGGUGCAGAGCACUGGGAAGUCCACCCUCCUGAACACCAUGUUCGGGGUCCAGUUUGCCGUCAGUAGUGGCAGGUGCACAAGAGGGGCCUUCAUGCUCCUCAUCAGAGUGAAAGAGGAUUUUAAAGAGCAGCUUGGGUGUGAUUACAUCAUGGUUAUUGACACUGAAGGUCUGAAGUCACCAGAGUUGGCCCAGUUGGAUGACAGUUAUGAGCAUGAUAAUGAACUGGCCACUCUGGUGGUGGGGCUGAGUGACAUCACAGUCAUCAACAUCGCCAUGGAGAACUGCACAGAGAUGAAGGACAUCCUGCAGAUUGUGGUGCACGCCUUCCUGCGCAUGAAAGAAGUUGGGAGAAAACCCUGCUGUCAGUUUGUGCACCAGAAUGUCCCAGAUGUCUCUGCCCAUGAAAAUAACCUGAGAGACAGGAAGCUUUUGCUGGAGCAACUGAAUGAGAUGACCCAAGCAGCAGCCAAGAUGGAAAAAAGCGAAAACAACAAAACAUUUCCUGAUGUCAUGGAGUAUGAUCCAGAGAGAAACACCUGGUACAUCUCUGGGCUCUGGCAUGGCAUCCCUCCCAUGGCACCGGUGAAUGUUGGCUACAGUGAGGCUGUGAAUCUUUUCAAAAGGAGUGUGACUGAGACGUUUCAGCAACACAAAUCUGGAAAGAGCUCGCCACACACAUUCACUGAGUUCCUUGAAUGGACCAAGAGUUUGUGGAGCGCAGUGAAGUAUGAGAACUUCAUCUUCAGUUUCCGCAACAGCCUGGUGGCUGAAGCUUAUACUCAGCUUUGCACUGAGUUCAACAAUUUGGAGUGGGCCUUCAGGAAGAGCAUGUACUCCUGGUUAAGCCAAGCUGAGACAAAGGUGUCAAACUUUGGCACAAUAGCAGGACAGAUUCAGCCAUCCUCAGAGGUGGACGACUUACUGCGCAGCCUGAAAUAUGAGGCCUCCCUAGAACUCACUAAAGGGGAAAAGCUCUUUUUGGACAACCUCGCUGAAUUCUACAAGAGGUCUGAAGGACAUGUUCACUUAGUAGAGAAGUACAAGGAGGAAUUUAUCAACUCAGCCAAAACUAUUCGGAAGGAGACAGAGAACUCUGUUAAAAACAAGCUAGAGGCAGCUGUGGAGAUCAGAAAGGGUAUGUUCAGGUUAGAGAUCAUCAAGAAAAAUUAUACAGCUGUAAUGGAGCAAAAGGUUCUGGACCUGGUGGAGAAAUGCAGGAAAAGUAAAGUUCUGUCAGAUAAACAGCUGGGGGAUGAAUUUGAACAGAUGUGGAAUGACACUGUGGCAGAACUAAAGUUCUCUGGCCUGGAAAAACAAGAUAUUGUCCAAGAUAUCUUCCACCAGCUAUGGGUUAACUUAGAGAUGAAAGGCAGCUCAGUAUGUGAAAUGCUGUCCAAAGUGUCUGACUGUGGAUUUGACCCAUUCAAAUUGAAGAGUAAAGGAAUAUUUAAAAAGAUAUGGAACAAAUUGUUUGAAGAUGAGCAGAAGAUAAAGACACAGAAGAUGGUUGAUUACAUCAUUGAGUGCAGCAGGCAGUUUGUACUUGAACAAGUGAGAACUAGGUCUGAUUACCAUAACACAUACAUGAUUGAGUUGUUUCAUAUGAUAGAUGAAAACCUGGACAAGCACAGGGAUCUGGAAACAAGUGCUGAGUUUCAGGCCAGCCUGAAGAUCCACAUCUGUGAACAUGCAGCACGAGAGUUUCUAAAAAUGCAUUUGGAUUUUAUUAAUGCAAAUGAUCCGCGUCGCUGUCUGGAGCAGUCCAAGCAACAGUACUGCACUGACUUUAAGGACCUGUUCAGUAAAAGAGACCAGUGUCAGAAGAAAGCAGAGGAGUUCACCUGCAACUGUCUUGCACCUGCGGUGAAGGAAUACAUCACCAAGUCUCUAGGCCCUGACCUUGUGGAUGAAGUGUUGAGAGGGAAGAAAGCCAUUGAUUUCAGCACUCGAACCUUCUUCCAGUUCUCAAUCCUCAAGCAGCUGCUUUCAGAUGAUGACUUUGAGAACUUUGUGAAUUACAUAAGAAACUACGAGAACUUUGUGCAGGGCUGGAUAUUUGAUCAGAUGAUACAACAGUUGUCAGCGGGAGAUGGCCUCAGGAACAUUGAGAUUAAGCACUGAAGGAUGAUGGUAAAC